AUGCUUUUAGUCAUUUUGACUUUUAUUAUUGGAAGCAUAUUAUUGUAUUUAUUUAGUAUUAAUAGGAAAACUAAUAUUUAUAAUCCUCAAGGAGAAAAUAUUGUACAGACAGCAUCUAUAGAGAUAUCACAAACAUUAUUUGAUAAAACUCAAAUAUCAGAAUUUACACGAUCAUUGACUGAUUAUUUUGAUAUUCGGUCAAAAACUUUAAACAAUCCAAAUACACAGAAAGAAACUACUAAAAGUUUAACUACAAAAUCAAAAGAACUUUCAUCAUCUGUUUGUUCAAAUUUAUCUCAAAAUCAAGAAAAUACAAUGACUUCAACAAUGACUACAAAUAAAAAUUUAGAAAAUCAAAAUAAAAUAUUAUUAAAUAAAUUAAAUGAUAAUAAUAAUGCUACUAUACCUAAUGGAAAUAACUCCGAAGUAGAAAAAAUAACAACAAAUAAAACAGAUAAACCAUCUCUUGAAUGGAGUUUAAAUGAAACUUUACAGUUAGAUCCAGCAACAAAAGCUGCAGAAGAACAUAGAUUAAGUUUAUUAAAAAAAAGACAUGAUAAAUCAAAGAAUAAUAAAAAAAGUAUAAGUUAA